AUGUUCACAACCCUGUUAGUUCUAGUCGUGGGCUCCCCCGCAAUUUUUGCCACUGACUACAUCCUUCUGAUUGAUGAUCCGGACAUCUACACGACGUGCAAGGACGGACCACCCGGCUCCCAAGGACUCAACGAUGCCUUCGACACCAGCGAAAUGUUGGUUGACAUGGACCCCGACGGGAUUCAUGUCUCCGGGAACGUUACCUCCAGAUGGACUACGCCUCGCACAGAUCGAAUUUCCGCCAGAAUGAGCAUAUUGCACUACAACCGCGGCAGUUGGGAGCCGACAGUAUUCAACACCCACACACCUGACUUCUGCGCCGCUAUGUUCGACCCGAAUCAGUUCUGGUUUAAGUACUGGUUUAAAAAUUUUGCAAACCGCGAAGAAAUACAGGAGAAGUGCUUUUCAACGGCAGGGACUAUUUUAGUGUACAACCCGUUCACCGUAGUUCCGCGUCUAAACAACAUCAUGGGAGCUCCUUUAAAAGGACGAUAUAAGGCCGUGCUAUUGUUUGAGGCAUUCGACGAAAAGAACGAGAGACGACCGAUGUCGGUGUGCUUUGAAGUCACAGGCGACGCCGAGAAAAUCCAGAAAUAAUUAUGUUUGCACAUUUGUAUAAUGGCUUAUAAAUUUAAAUAUGU